UCAUGUUUUAUUCAGUAUUUAGACUACUAAAGUGGAAUCAACGACCAAUAAAUGUUCCAUAUUACAUUUUGUUUCACAGUCGCUUGGCUAUCGAUCGUCGCAUUUGUUAUUUCCUUGCACACUGAAUAUUAAUUUCUACUCUCGUAGUGCUUAGAAAAUUCCCAAGUGUGAACAAUUCGAUCAGUUAAUUUUCUCCAAAAAUAGUGUAUUUAAAUAACGUUUAACUUUACUCUGUAUUCAUAUAAUUGAACCAUGACUGCAAUUAAAAAAUCCUUGCAAAAAUUAAACGCUGGAAUUAUCACAACGUGUAUCGUAGGUUUUGCUGGUUCUUACUAUGCGUACUACGUGGAAUUAGCAAAAAAGGAAGAUGAUUUAUACGAAGCAAUGUGCGAUAUCAGCGAGCACGUUAGCUGUACCAAAGCAUUUUCUUCCGAAUAUGGAAAAGGUUUUGGAAUAAUUCCAGAAACGUCUCUUUUAUAUGCACCAAAUCCUGUAUAUGGAUUAAUAUUUUAUGUUCUGGCCACAAUACUGAGUAUAUCGAAUAGACGUAUGACAUCAGCCCUUGUCGUAACAUUAGGAAUUUGUGCGAACCUUGGCACGAUUUACCUGGCAUACAUUUUGUACAAAUUAAGCAAUAUCUGCGUAGUCUGUGUUAGUCUUUAUGUCGUAAAUGCUAUUCUUUUAAUACUUGCUGUUAAAAAGCAUCGAAAACUGUGUCGAAAAAAUGGCACAAAUAAAAAGAAAAAAUCGAAGUAAAUAUGAACAUUUUCAAAACUAAAACUACUAAAAAUCUUCCAAUUUUUGUUGGAGAGUUGCUAAGAAUAGAUUAAUCAAUGAUAAUAUAUAAUAUUUACUUAACAUCUACGUCACUUUUCACACUAUUUCGAAGAAAUUUAUAUGUAUUACUUGAUAUAUACACACCUUCUGUCGAAAUAAAUGCAAUUAAUCUGGAUAAAUUGUAAUUUUAUAUCUUAAAACGUGGAUGUAACAUUUAAUCACGUAUACCUAAUAACGAAUCGCUAUCUCUAUCUCAUACCCCUCUACUAAUCUGAUAUGUAAUCUUGGAUUGUAAUUGAAUAUGUGAGCGAAAAGAAGAUUAAGUAAGUCUCGCGUGAGUUGUGUUGUAAUAAAAACCUGUCUGAAACUAUUGGAACAAAA